AUGAACGGUAAAUCGCGUCAUUUUACGGUGAAUGGUUUUAAUACGCAUGCACAGCAACAACAACAAUCGCAACAGCAAAGCCAGAGUGACGUGCGUAACAUUUACAAUAAUCCUUACAUACCACCAUCAGCACCAACAAGCACACCAAACCAACAACAACAACAGCAAACUCAUCGUUUACAGCAGCAACAACAACAACAAUUGUUGUAUAAAUCUAUCGCCAGCGGCGUUGUGGGAGGUGUUGGAAAUAGCGGUGCCAAUCAAUACGAUUACCCACCAACAGCCUCCACUGAACUUCAACAUCAGCAGCAACUGCAGCAACAACAACUACAGCAACAUCAGCAGUUUCAACUACAGCAGCAACAACAACAGCAAUUGAGCAACGUCUUGGAGGCAGAGAACAGCACCUUCACCAGUCAUAACAAAGAGGGCAGUGGGGCUGAUUUACUAACAAAUGUUUCUAAUACUCCACUAUGCAGUGAGAAUGAGGCAGAUAAAUCAAAUUUACAGGAAAAUCUCCGUUUUGACAGUGAUAACUCAGUCCUAGAUUCUGACUAUGAGGACUCAACUUCUACUAAUAAUGGAAAUAGUAGCAAUUUAGAUGAUGAUGAACUGCUCAACGAGGCCCCGACUACAUCCCAAAGAGCUUAUUCGAGGAAAGAAUCACGCACAAGACGGAACUUGGGAAAGGGAUAUGUUAAUAAUGCAAAACCUUUACGCAGCAACGAUGAUCGCAGCCUAGAAGCUGGCAACGAUGCACGCACACCUUCACAGCGUCAAAGUACUGCCAGCAAUUUAGAUAUGUUUUGGAUUAUUGAGUAG